AGUAUAUUUCCAACAUUGGCCCGAUGCGACACGCAAACGCUCUCUUUGGCUGACAUCUGCUAACGAUCCCUACCGCCACAGAAUUCAUUUCGAUCUCCUCUUCAGUUCAUCCCAAGAACCAAAGAAUUUUCAAUACGUUUUUGUUCCCAAAGCCAACGAAGAAACAACAAAAACCAGAGAAAAGAAUGACGCAGAGCAAAGUGUUGGUAGGGUUAGGAGUCCAGAAGAAAAGAACCAUUAAGCGUAAUAAGAGGAAGAAAAUGAUCAACAAAGUGAUACACUAUCUCACUUCUGACACUUACAUGUUUGCGCCUCUAAUCUCCCAUCCACCUCACUCCUUUCGCUCCCUCAUAAAGACACCGACUUCUUCUUCUUCUUCUUCUUCUUCUGGAUUGGAAGCAAGGCAACCCAUCGAAGGAAACAGCAAGAGGUUGCUCAACAAUGUUGGGGACUAUCUGAAGUCUGACUCUUACAUGUAUGCUCCCCUGCUAGCUCCACCACCGCAAACCAGUACUAGUACUACAAGCCCUCCAAAAGGGUCGUCUGAGUACCUUGAGAGGGUUGUAACCAUGGCAGUUUCGAAUAAGAAAUUAAUUUUCAAAGACAACAAAUCAAAUGAACCAAAUUAUCAGCCGUGUGCAAAAGCGAUAGCACGGAAUGAAGCCUCCAAGGGCCACCGUCCUGGAAAAGUCAUUUCAGAGAAGCAGUCUGUAGUGCACAAGGAAACAGUAAAGCACGUGGUUCCCAGUAGUUGUCGCUCAUCGUUGAUGUCAGAGAAAGGAAUUAUUGGCUCGCAGAUUAGGAAGCUUGUCGACUGAAAAGGACGAGGCGUCCCUGACUAGUUACAGGAACAGGAAUGUACAAUCGUAAUCGACAUAUGUUGUGCCUUUUAUUAGACACUAUUAUGUUUUCUUGUGAAUGUUGGAAUGAGAUAUAAGCCUGUUGGCACCAGUAGCAAUGUAGUAUUAUGAGUGUUAGUAUUUGAAUGCCUUUUAUCGAA